UUGAAGUAGAGUUCUUAGCAGAAAUUGAGGAUUUAGAGACACCAGAGAUGGUCAAGGUUGCACCACCAAAGAAUGCGAAAACUUCAAGGUUGUCAGUGAUUCUGCUUGAUCAAGGCUUCACGGUGUACAAGAUCUUAUUUUUGGUUUGUUUGAGCUUGAACAUGGUUGCUUUGGCUCUUGCAGCUUCAGGGCAUCUCCAAUAUGGGAAAGACACAGCAACACUGUUCUCCAUUGGGAACGUUUUAGCUCUAACGUUGUGCAGAAGCGAGGCAGCACUAAGAUUCAUCUUCUGGUUUGCUGUGAAAACUCUCGGUAGGCCAAGUGUUCCUCUCAAGAUCAAAACUUCAAUCACUUCCUUUCUUCAAAGCCUCGGAGGAAUGCACAGUGGAUGUGGGGUUUCUUCUAUAGCUUGGCUUGUCUAUUCUCUUGUCCUUACAAUCAAAAACAAAAAACUAACUUCGCCAGAGAUUAUUGGAUUAGCAUUUGGGAUUCUCACUCUAAUUUCUCUUCUGAUUCUUCUCUGGUUCUUCAUCUUCCUCUUUAUAAGCUAUGACCCUAGUUCAAAAACCUACAAUGCAACCAUCUCUAUGUUAAUAAAGAGGCAAGAGUUUUGGUUCACCGUAGCCAUAACCAUCCUGAUCAUCACUCCUUGGCUAACUGUAAGAAAAGUUCAAGUCAAAGUGUCAGCAGCAUCUAGCCAUGCUUCAGUUAUAAAAUUUGAUGGUGGGGUUAAACCAGGAUUACUUGGAAGAAUCAGCCCAUCGCCAUUAUCAGAAUGGCACGCCUUUGGGAUCAUUUCAGAUGGGGAAAAGGAACACAUAAUGCUAGCUGGUGCAGUUGGGGAUUACACCAAGUCUUUAAUCUGUAACCCACCAAGCCACCUAUGGGUUCGAACCAUGCACUUCGUUGGCUUGCCUUAUCUGAUAAAUCUGUACCAGAGGGUGGUUUUGGUGGCCACUGGUUCAGGGAUUUGUGUGUUCCUGUCAUUUCUGCUGCAACCAUGCCCUGCAAACGUUUUUCUAGUGUGGGUGGCUAAGGAUAUUGAGAUGAACUUUGGGAAGGAGAUUAUUGAGUUCUUGGGGAGAUAUUCGAAAGAGAAGAUGAUUGUUCAUGACACUGCAAUUAGUGGGAGGCCGAAUGUUGGAGAGAUGAGUGUGGAUGCUGCAAUUAGGUGGGAUGCUGAAGUGGUCAUUGUUACAAGCAAUCCCGAAGGAAGUAGAGACGUUGUUAGAGCUUGUAAGAAGGCUGGGAUCCCUGCUUUUGGGCCUAUUUGGGAUUCUUGA